AUGUCGAAACAUUUUCUGAUCGUGUUGUCUUUUGUCAACUUUAUAAUCUGCUGCUCUAGCGUUACAGAGGAAAUUAUAGAUCAUUACGAGAAAGUUAUUCUGGAGGAGAAAGAGAAAGCCAGAAGUUAUGAAUUACCAAGCAAUGCCCACAUGUACAUUCCAGAAUAUAACGAUCCACCUCUGGAUUUUGGUACGUUUGAUUUUAUAAUAGCAGGGGCCGGAUCGACAGGGUCUGUGAUAGCCAGGCGCUUGUCGGAAAUAAAACAGUGGAAUAUCCUAGUUUUGGAAGCUGGCGAAUUCGGUAAUGAAGUAACUGACAUCCCGAGAAUAAGCUACGAUGUCGUCAUGGCAAGCGACUAUAAUUGGGGGUACUACUCUGUGCCGCAAAAGAAUUCCUGCUUAGGAAUGGAAGAGGAGCGUUGCCCCUUUCCCAGGGGCAGGGGCGUAGGUAGAACCUCUCUCCUCAACGGCCUGGCGUACGCCCGAGGCAGCAAAAUCGACUACGACAUUUGGUGCGCCCAAGGCAACCCCGGGUGGUGCUACGAAGACGUGCUUCCGUAUUUCAAAAAAUCGGAAGACUUCCGCAAAAACGACCCCGACGCAGUGGUCGACAUGGCUUUCCACGGAGUUGGUGGGCCUCUUCAUGUUAACUUUCCCAUGCCGAGGGCUGAACAGUGCAAGGUAUUCUUCAAGGCCAACGAAGAGCUAGGGUACCAGCAAAUCGAGUGGAACGGACUCAAUGCCACGGGCGUGAGCCCUAAUCAGGUCAACGUGAAGCACGGGAAGAGGCAAGACAGUGGCACUGCUUUCUUAAAACCCGUGUUGGAUAGAUCCAACCUGGUGGUACUUACUAAGAGCGUCAUGAAAAUAGUAAUUAAUGAGUUAAAGGUGGCGGAGGGGGUAACCUUCAGUUAUAAGGGAAGGGUGUAUACAGCCAUCGCUUCCAAGGAAGUUAUAGUGUCCCUAGGCGCAAUCAGCUCGCCACAACUGCUGAUGGUUUCUGGAAUUGUUCCAGGUGAACACCUCAAGGAAUUUGGUAUUCCUUUAGUCCAAAAUUUGGAGGUAGGUAGCGCCUUAUCCGACCACGUUCAAAUAUACGGAUUAACCUUCUCAAGUAACCUCAGCGAGCCAGUUCAGACUUUAAGGGAACAAAUUAAAGACUACUUGGCUGGCGUUGGACUUCUGAGCCAACCCUUAAACCGACAAGUCCUUGGAUAUUACCAAACUUACGUGGAGAUGAUUCCAAACUACCAAGACCUAGAAAUAAGUUUCUACUUUUCUAACGCAACGACUUUCACCUUAAAUAAGUUGCAGCGUUGGAAAGAAAGCGUCUCUGAAGCGAUCGAAGGUGUUGACAGCUCAAGUUCUUUCAGCAUGUACCCGACCCUUUUACAUUUGAAGUCGACUGGAACCCUCAGAUUGAAAAGCGCCUCGCCCUUUGACUACCCACUGAUAGACCCAAAAUGUCUUUCCGAUCCCGAAGGUAAAGACUUAGAAACGGCUUAUCAGGCGGUUCAAUUAGUGCAGAGAUUGAUAGACACUGAGGCGUUUAGAAAGAUAAACGCCAAAUUGGAGACUAAACCAAUAAAAGUAUGCUCUGACAAAUUCAAGUUCAAAUCAAAGGACUACUGGUAUUGUGCUUUAAGUUAUAUGAGUGGUCAUAGCAACCACCCCGUAGGCACUUGUAGGAUGGGACCAGAUCCUAGCCAAAGGGAUGUUGUAGAUGCGCAGCUAAGGGUUUAUGGUAUCGGCAAGUUAAGAGUGGCUGACGCGAGUGUUAUACCUCUGUCUAAGUCUUCACAUCCUAAUGCUGUUUGCUACAUGAUCGCUGAAAAGCUAGCGGAUUUACUUAAAAUUGAAUAUGGGAUGCUAUAGCUGGAAUGAGAAUACAUUUAUUGGUUGUAUAUCAAAUGUAAAGAACAUUAA